AUGGCGGUGCGGAGGCGGGCGGGAGCUGUCUGGCGGGGCGGGGCGGUGGCGUUUCUGCUGCUGCGCGGCCCCCUUCUCCUGGCGCUGUGGGGCGGGUGGCUGGCGGCGGGGGAGAACGACACCGACCCGGGCGCCGGCGGGAACGUGCACCGCAUCAGCGGCGGGCCCGCCAACUGCGGCGAGUACAGCAACCAGGUGACGGCCAACGGCCAGUGCCGCCUGACAGCCACGCUGCCCCAGCUGGACGAGCAGAGGUGCCCGGACAUGUUCCGCUGCACGGACGAGGUGUCCUACUGGCUGCACGAGAACGAGGAGAGGAAGCAGCAGAUCCUGGCGCUGAAGGAGACCAUCUCCGAGUUGCAGGAGGAGCUCCGGAGCCACCGGCACCGCAUCAAAGUCCUGGAGCUGCAGAACGAGGAGAAGAACGGGCUUAACUCCUCGCUGGAGCAGCGGUUCCGCGAGCUGGAGCGCCGCCACGCGGAGGCCAGCACCCUGCUGCACCUGCAGGGCUCGCUCAUCUACGACAUGCAGACGCAGAUCCACAACCUGUCCCUGAUGGUGGAGAAGGUGCGCAGGAACCCCGGCUGCAUGAUCAACAUCGUGCGCACCAGCCCGCUCAUGAGCGCCCAGGAAGCGCUGCACCCAGAGGUCCAGCACGUGAGGAACUGCCCCAUUGACUGCGCCUCCAUUUACUACAACGGGGUUCGCAGGUCAGGCAUCUACACCGUGGUGCCGUCCCUGGGAGCCGCGCCCGUGGAGGUCUUUUGCGACAUGGAGACCGAGAGCGGGGGGUGGACCGUGAUCCAGAGGCGGCAGGACGGCUCGGUCAACUUCGACCGCAGCUGGAGGGAGUACAAGGAAGGCUUCGGGGACCUGCACGCGGAGUUCUGGCUGGGCAACGACCACAUCCAUGACCUGUCCAGCCAGGGAGACUAUACCCUGCGCAUCGACCUGGAGGACUGGAACGGAAAGCACAAGCACGCCCUCUACGAGAGCUUCAGCAUCGAGGAGGAGGCCAACCACUACCGUCUCCAUGUGAGUGGGUUCAGCGGUACAGUGGAGGACUCCUUCAGCUGGUACCACAACAAGCAGGGCUUCAGCACCUCCGACACGGGCAACAUCUGCGCAGAGAUCUCGCAUGGCGGCUGGUGGUACAACCAGUGCUUUUUCGCCAACCUCAAUGGGGUCUACUAUAAGGGCGGGCGGUACGCUCCCAAGGGGCAGAGCCCGCUGGGGCCGGACGGGAUCGUCUGGUACACCUGGAAGGACUCAGACUACUACUCCCUGAAGAAGGUCAGCAUGAUGAUCCGGCCCCGCACCUUCCGCCCCCGCCUGUCUCCCUGA